CUUAGACAUACGGGGCGUCCAGUUUCGUCUUCCAUCCAGCUCUCCAAACAUAUCAUCACCAUCAUCGUAUGUGGGCUUUUGUAGCUGUAACAUAACAACUCGCACCUCUCACGAACUAUGAGAAGAAGUUUCUUUUUUCUUCGCUGCUCCAAUUCUCCGUUUUCUCCGUCUGAAUUCUCAGUAUUGACUAUGUAUAGCUGAACAAGGAAGGGAUUUAAAGGGAGUUUUACGGGUGGGAAUUGGCGAGGGUUUGAUUUAAUUUCUUGCAUGUUUUAAAACAGAGAAAGAUGAACACAGGAAAAGGAGAGAAGCAUCAUCAUCAUGAUCAUGAUCAUCAAGAGCCCCCUUAUCAUGUCAUUCACAAGCUUCCUCCUGGUGAUAGCCCUUAUGUUAGAGCCAAGCAUGUCCAGCUAGUUCAAAAGGAUCCAGAAGCCGCGAUAGUUUUGUUUUGGAAGGCAAUAAAUGCUGGAGAUAGAGUAGAUAGUGCCCUCAAAGACAUGGCAGUGGUUAUGAAACAGCAAGAUCGAGCAGAGGAAGCAAUUGAAGCUAUAAAAUCUUUUAGGCAUCGCUGCUCCAAGCAAGCCCAAGAAUCACUUGACAAUGUCCUCAUUGACUUGUACAAGAAAUGUGGGAGAAUUGAGGAGCAGAUAGAACUAUUGAAGCAGAAGCUUCAUAUGAUCUAUGAAGGAGAAGCAUUCAAUGGAAAGCUAACUAGGACAGCUCGCUCUCAUGGGAGAAAGUUCCAGGUUACCAUCAAGCAAGAGACAUCUCGGAUACUGGGAAACUUGGGUUGGGCGUACAUGCAGCAAGGAAGCUAUUUGGCAGCAGAAGUUGUGUACCAGAAGGCGCAAUCAAUUGAUCCUGAUGCUAACAAGGCUUGCAAUUUGUGCUUGUGCCUUAUCAAGCAAGCGCGAUAUGCUGCAGCACAUUCAGUCCUUGAUGAUGUAUUGCAGGGUAAGCUUGCAGGAUCCGAUGACCCCAAGUCAAGAAGCCGUGUGAAGGAGUUGCUUCAUGAAUUAGAAGCAUGCCAAUCAUCACUGCUAUCGCCAAAAUCAUCAGAAUUAUGUUUAGAAGAUGCUUUUGUUGAAGGACUUGACAAGUUGAUGAGUCAAUGGGCACCCUAUAGGUCAAGGAGACUUCCCAUAUUUGAGGAGAUCUCUCCAUAUAGAGAUCAAUUAGCUUGUUGAUCCUAUAUUCUUAGUUCCGUCUUUCUUGAUAGACUGAGGAGAUAAAUGAUAGUGUGGAAGAAACAAUAAAUGGGAUUAAGAUACUAGUUCCUGUAUAACAUAUGUGAACUUGAAAGAAACUGUAUACUUAACUAGUGUUCUUUGCAAUGGAACUCCAACACCUGUAAGUAACAAAGUUACUGUAGAAAUACUUUACAUUCUUAACCCAGAAUCCAUAAACAAAAGAUUUCCAUGA